AUGGCCCCCAAAUGCCAGUCUUCGCUCCCACCUCAAAUGAAGAAACCGAGACAGCCUCCUGCCCCCAAGCCAGGCCAGACGUCAACAUCUCAGCACUUGCAUAAAGGAGAAAAAGAACAGCAAGAAGCAAUUGAACAUACUGAUGAAGUACAAAAUGAAAUAGACAGACCUAAUGAACAAGCCAGUGAGGAGAUUUUGAAAGUAGAACAGAAAUAUAACAAACUCUGCCAACCAUUUUUUCAGAAGAGGUUGGAAUUGAUCUCCAAAAUCCCCAAUUUUGGGGUAACAACAUUUGUCAACCAUCCACAAGUGUCUGCACUGCUUGGGGAGGAGGAUGAAGAGGCGCUGCAUUAUUUGACAAGAGUUGAAGUGACAGAAUUUGAAGAUAUUAAAUCAGGUUACAGAAUAGAUUUUUAUUUUGAUGAAAACCCUUACUUCGAAAAUAAAGUUCUCUCCAAAGAAUUUCAUCUGAAUGAGAGUGGUGAUUCAUCUUCAAAGUCCACUGAAAUCAAAUGGAAAUCUGGAAAGGAUUUGAUGAAACGUUCAAGUCAAACACAGAAUAAAGCCAGCAGGAAGAGACAGCAUGAGGAACCAGAGAGCUUCUUCACCUGGUUUACUGACCAUUCUGAUGCAGGUGCAGAUGAGUUAGGAGAAGUCAUCAAAGAUGAUAUUUGGCCAAAUCCAUUACAGUACUACUUGGUUCUCGAUAUGGUUGAUGAAGAAGGGGAAGGAGAAGAGGAUGAUGAUGAUGAGGAAGAAGAAGAAGGAUUGGAAGAUAUGAUGAAGAAGGAGAUGAGGAUGAAGGUGAAGAAGAUGAAGAGAUGAUGAGGGAGAGGAAGGAGAGGAGGAUGAAGGAGAAGAUGACUAAUGGAACACUGAUGGAUUCCAACCUUCCUUUUUU